AUGGCUUCUCCAAAGUCUCAUGUGUUGAUUAGCUUCUUUCUAUCUACGCUUGUAGUCACUGCCGUCACCUCGGAAACGACAUGCUUGAAUUUCCAGUCGAUCAUCAGUUUCGGUGAUUCCAUUACCGAUACAGGAAACUUGAUCGCUCUCUCUACUCCAAACCAACUUCCUGAAUCUGCGUUUCCGCCAUACGGAGAAACCUUCUUCCACCAUCCAACCGGCCGUUUCUGUGACGGCCGUCUCAUCAUAGACUUCAUUGCUGAAUUCUUAGGGCUUCCGUAUGUGCCUCCUUUUUAUGGAUCUAAAAAUGGAAACUUUGAGAAAGGAGUUAAUUUCGCGGUGGGAGGAGCAACGGCAUUGGAAAGUUCAUUUCUUGAAAAGAGAGGGAUUCAUUGUCCUAACAAGAACAUCAGUUUAGGUGUUCAGCUUAAGAGCUUCAAAGAGAGUUUACCACUCAUAUGUGGCUCACCAUCAGAUUGUAGAGAUAUGAUUGGAAACGCUUUGAUUCUUAUUGGGGAAAUUGGAGGAAAUGAUUAUAAUUUUCCCUUUUUCGACCACACAAACAUUGAGGAGGUCCAAGAGCUCGUUCCCCUUGUGAUCUCUACUAUUUCUUCGGCAGUCACGGAGUUAGUCGAUAUGGGAGGAAGAACCUUCCUAGUUCCAGGAAACUUCCCGCUCGGGUGCUCAGUAAUCUAUUUGACAUUAUAUCAGACAUCAAACAAGCAAGCGUACGAUCCUGAAACCGGAUGUUUGACAUGGUUGAACAAGUUUUCGGAAUAUCACAAUGAUCAGCUUCGGGCUGAACUCAUUAGACUCAGGAAGCUGUAUCCUCAUGUCAACAUCAUAUACGGUGACUACUACAACGCUUUGUUACGACUUAUCCAAGAACCAUCCAAAUUCGGGCUCAUGAACAACCCCUUGCCCGUUUGUUGCGGUUUAGAAGGACCGUACAACUUCACCAUUGGUGUUAAAUGUGGUUUAAACGAAGUUGAAUGUUGUAAUGAUCCUUCAAAGUAUGUGAAUUGGGACGGUAUCCAUAUGACUGAGGCUGCGUACAAAUGGAUAGCUGAGGGUUUACUCAGAGGACCAUAUGCGGUUCCUUAUUUCGAUUGGUCUUGCCUCAGCUCCGAGAUUAAGGACAAGGAGUCAUUAGACAUUUAGUAUUCUCUGAUGAACAGCUGAUACAAGCUAGUCAAAAAUUAUAAUAGACGAAGAGAGAGAUAAUAAGAAAAACUAUAUGUCCAACUUGAAAGAGCUUGUGUUGGAUUCUGUAUUUGUAGUGAUGUUUGGAAUAAGGUGUUGUUUGGGAGACGUGGUACUCAAGUGUUAACAGUAAUAAUCAUGUUAUAUGCUAAUAAUAUUUAUUUAAACAA